AGUGUUUUGUCGGCAUUUACAUAACAAUGUAUAACAUUCUUGUAUUCGCGGGUUUAUGUUGCGUAGCCUGGGGUUAUACGGUCCAGGACAGUUAUCCCUUGGAAUAUAAUCAAGGGUAUUCGAGUUAUCCUCAGUCAGAAUACUUGGACGGGCCUUUAAGGCCAGCAUACAGGCAACCUAUCCCUUAUCAUUCAGGAUACGCCGAUGAACGAUACAUCGAUGCUCCCUAUUACCAAAGAUCUUCUGGUUACCCCUACCAUCCCCGUGGUGAAAUCGUAAACAAGCAGCUAUUCAGAAAUGGACAGGAAAAUUACAAUGAUGGGGUUUAUGAAAAGGCUCAUGGACACAUUGGAGAACAAGCAGAUCACGGUAGAAACGGUUACAAUCAAAAUCAAUUCAGGUUAAAGGAUGCUGUGGGAGAUUCCGAGCACUACAGUGAUAUCGAGGGAGCCAGAAGGGCACAUGAAAAUGGAAAGCAGUAUCAAGGCGCCCAGUUUCAUAAUCAAGGAGGCCAAAACGAAAACAAAAACAAACAGCAACAAGGACAUAAAAAGGGCCACACUGUUAAAGGAUUCAAACACUCGCACCACAAAGACGAAACAGGAAAAACCGAGGAAUACUUCGACGAAGCAAACGACGAGGGCGAUAACUUGAACUUUAACGGACAAUCCGGAAUAUUCAAAGAGAACCAAGGCUCUUCCUUCAAAGGGGAACACGAGGACGGGCUAAACAACGAAAAGGUGCACAAAACUGCCGGUUACUAUGACAACAAUCAUUUUGUCGAUAAGGUUAACACUGAUCACGGAAAAUUUGGCGAAAAUAGAUUUUCCAAUAACGGUCGCGUCUAUGGCAGGCAUAAUGGGGUAGAUCAGGAGAGUUUGCUAGGCAGUCAAGAGACCAACAAAUUCUACAAGCAUUCGCCUUACCUGGACAACUUUUAUAAAUACAAAAAAUGAUUUAAAUUGUUAGAUUAAAUUUACACCACGUUCCUAUACGAAAAUGUUCACAACUCUGUAGUUUUACUAAUAA